AUGACCGAAACGUCUCGCCUCCAUGACUCACCUUUCGCUUCUUCGUCUGCGCUCUACGAACAUCGUGUGCUUCAAUUUUCGAUCGGAAAACAAACAAACCGUCGUCCCAACGCGAAGAGGCCGACUCGUCGCGACGAGCAUGUCGUUGUCGACGACGGUCUCAUUCAUCUAAAGAGCGCCGACGACGACGACUGCUUCCAUCGUCUUCCCUACGCUUCACUAAUAGCUUCGUUAUUAUGUAUUCUCGGUGUCGUCUUGUUCGCUAUUAUGAUGUCGUGGGCAUUCAAUGCAACUGCAGAGCAAACGCGAAGAACAUUAAGAAUUGACGAUUGGCCAUGGCUAGACAAGGUUCAAGUGGUUUUCAUAGUGCUAGCCACAAUCAUGUCGUUUUUCGCAUUGUUCUUCUUAUGUAUCGGAUUCACCGCGACGGGAGCAACAAGGGAAACAAUGUAUAAAGACGCAAGUGCGCGAUGCGGCGGAAAAGUCGCAUGUGUCAUCGCAAUGAUAUUCGACAUUCUACUGGUGAUCGCUUGGUUAUUCAUCACAUCAAUUGUAUCAAUGCUUUGUGUUGCCUACUUCUUCUUCGACAGACUAUGCUUGCAUCUUCCCGCAUAUUCCGAAGCCGACUGUAUUGAUCUUCAUGUAUUCUGGCCGCUGGUGGCUUCAUUUGCAAACUCUAGCUUCCGCGUUUGCGGCGGUGAUGCUCAACAAUUCUGUGCAUUAUCAUCAACCGCUUUCAGUUGGUACGUCAUCGGAUGGGUUGGUUCGGUGUUAAUUCUUCUAGGAUUAUUGCUGUUUUUCGGAAUACAUGCUUCAAAUUAUGCACAUAUUGGAAACGCUAGCAAAUACAUUGAAUUAAAUCACGUUGAACGCUAUGAUCCCCAACCAACAAGGGGUAGACGCUAUGAGCCAAGCCAUCAAACUUGGAUGAACUCGAAUUACUCGUAA